AUGAGAGAUGCAUUCCAGUUUGAAGUACUGCAAACACAGCAUGAAGAAAUUAAACAGAAGCUGAAAGAAAUGCAGGAUGAAAUUCUUACUAAAAAUGGAGAAAUUAAAAUUUUGCGUGACUCAAUGCAGCAGAUGGAAUAUGCUAUGGAGGAACAGAAAAGAUCAUACAUGCUAUUGGAACAGCAAAAAUCUCAGACCUUAAAUGAAAAAGAAAAAGAGUUCUCCAAAAAGGUACUGUCAUUACAGUCAGAGUUGCAGUUCAAAGAUGCAGAAAUGAAUGAAUUAAGAACGCGACUUCAGAACUGUGAAAGAAAUAAACAUGUUGCUCAGACGGUUUUAAUGCCAAGCCCUAAAAAGAAUUUUGCAAUACAAGUGAAAUCAGAAGGAUGUUCUCCACAGCCUGGAAAAAGAUCUUUUCCUACGAAGGAAACCUUCAAUGCUGAAACGUCCACUAGUCCAUCAUGUUCUUCAGGAAACUUGAUUGUCCCGACUACUUCAAUCAAAGAAGACAGUAAGAUAACCCAUCCUGAAGUUUUAUCUGUGAAGCAUGAAGCAGUGGGAAAAAACGGUUCCUACAACUCUGCACCUAAACGAAACACACAAGGUUCUAUCUUACUAAAUGCAUUGAUGAAGCAGCCCAUUGUCCCUGGGUCAUUACUAGGACUCUGCCAUCUUCUUAGCAGUAACUCUGAGCCUCUACCUGGAGCUGUAUUGCAGCCUAACUAUUUGGAUACGAAGUCCACACAACUACCCAGCAGCAGGACAACUCAAGAAGAAUUUGCUCCUUUUGUAUCCCUGCGGGAAGCUCAAAAACUUGCAAUAACAGGAUUGAACUUGAUUGCUAUGGACGAAGGAUUAUCUGAAGGAAGCCCAACAGAAAGCCGGAGAGAGUUCUUGCACCUCACACGCUGCAAGAUCCGAGGCGCCGUGCAUCUCUUGCCCUUGGUAGAACACCAUAUUGGUGCAUACUGUCAAGCGGUACAAUUGGCGGACAAGUCAGUAAAUGGUUCUUGUGGAAACCAUUCAGCUGUUUCUUCCAGAACCAACACAAAUAUGGUGUCAAGUAAGGAGGACUUUAGGUUGUCUCUUGAAGAAACUACAGUUAUAUCACUGGGUAUUCUUUAUUAUUUGGUGUUUUAUAGCUGGGAUGUUGUCCACACAUUGCUAUCUACUGAAGUGGAAAAAAGUUUUGUUGCUGGAGAUGAACAGGUUUCCAAGAUGGACAAAAAUGUGUUGUGUGAUAAUAAAGAAGAUACCAGGACACAAGGAGGGCUGCCUGUAGCUCCACAGGAUGCUCCCAAAAACGAUCGAGCUCAACAUUCUUUGUUUAAAAAGCUGCUUCAGGUUUUAGCUUUUUCUGCUGCAAGAGGCUCCCAGACUGAUAGUAUACUGAACCAAAGCCUAAAAGUUUUAGUGAAAUUAGCUGAAAAUUCAACAAUGGAAUUGCUAAUAAAUUUUCAGCACUUACUGAGUAGCCAGAUACUGCUCCGUUGUCUGUGUCCAGAGACCCCUUUGCCUGCUGUCCUUUUGACUGUGAGACUGUUGUCUGUUAUUGCUCAACACCACAUGUUGGUUGCUCAACUUUGUUCUCAUUCAGACACCUGCCUUCUUCUUGCACUGUACAUGUAUAUUACAUCAAGACCAGAUAAAUCAGCAUCUGAAAUGCUUUGGCUUCAGCUGGAACAAGAGACAGUUAGACUCCUAACAAGGUGUAUGCGGUGUUCCAGUCCAGCGGUUUUAUUACCUGGUACAGACUGCCAAUGUAACCUCGAGGUGGUUAAGGCACUAAUUAUAAUGUUACAUAGAGAGUGGAUGAAGAUUAGAAGACCUGAGAACAGCUUGUGUGCAUAUAAGGAACAAAUUAUUCAGUUUUUGCGGGAUGCUGUUUUACUCUUACACAGCCUAUCUCAGAAAGAUAAACUGUUUCAUGAACACUGUUUGGAAGUUCUCCAUCAAUAUGACCAAGCCAUGCCGGGCAUAAGAGCCAUUCUGAAAAAGACUCAAAAAUUGAGUGCCUGUGAAGAGCUGAUUUUGGAUGAAUUGUAUCCUCCUGAGCCAGAAGCAGAAGACCAAGGAAUGGAUUCCAGCUAGCUAACGUCUAGCAAAGAUCUCUCUCCUUCCUCAUCUAAAUCAUAAUAAUCAUUGCCAGUGUAAAUCUGAAAUAUAAAUUAUCUGUUUUAUUAAGUGAUAAUCUAAAGGUUGCACUGAAAUGCAGCACAACUAAGACACA